ACCUCUGCCUUUAGGAGUUGUAUCUCCAUUUUCACUUUUGUCUGCUGCAGUUGGGUUAGCAGGAGUUUCUCUUUUGCCAGUUGAAUCUGAAUUUCUGCUCUUUCAGUUUCCUUUCGCAGAAGCACCUCAUAGGCGUCACCAUCCUGGCCCGAGGAACGUUUACGCUUUGUUUUAGCAACUCUAGAAACAACUGGCUGCAUGGUCAGGGGGGAUCCAUCGUCCUCCUCAAUCGCUGGAGUAAGGUCCAGGACAAAUUCCUCUGCAGGAGGGUUCGGCUCACAUUCUCCAGCCUCUGUCAUUGUGGCCUCUCCAUUUCCUUCUACACCUUCUAUACCGUGCAGAGCCUCUGACUUUCGCCUCCGACGAUAUCGAGGACCAUAUCAGUGUAUUCACCCCUUUUAUAUGGCUUGUUACCAGUGCAAGGGUUUUUUGCCUCACUGAGGUCCUUGGUUGCCUUGGCCCGCAGGUUUUUCCAGCGCAGUGUUACUUGUUUUAAGGUCCUCUUUUGGCCAGACCCCAAGGCAUUGAUUCGGUUGGUAAUGUCUUCCCAAAUGGUGUCUUUCCCUUUCUUGGUGACCUCCCCACCCUUUGCCGAGCUGAAACCACCUACUAUUGUGGCAAAAUUGGCCCGAACACCCUUCAGUAGUGCGUAUGUUUCUGCCACAGUGAAAUUAGGCCCUUUUGACUCCAUGAUUUCUCCUUGGUCUCCAUGAUUUCGCACACAUUUCUCUUAACGCCUUGGGCAUUAUUGCUUUGGCCUGUGAUCAAUUAGGCUUCUGGUAAUUAGCUUGUUGCUGGUUAAUUGGUUUGACCACUUAAACACAUCAUGUUUCGCAUACAUUUCUCUUAACCUACAGAGGCAUCCAGAUGGCGGGUAUUGUUCAUCGGUACCAUAGGAGAAGGCACCCUGCUAGGGUGUACGCUGAGCGUGCCAAACCACUUGAGCAAUACACUUCAGAUGAACUGUAUGCACGUUUUCGCUUUGGGAGAGAUGACAUCAAGUCCAUUUGAGACCUGAUUAGACCAACACUCCAACACAAAACCCGAAGGAGUCAUGCUUUGUCCGUGGAGGAACAGUGCUUAAUUGCACUGCGCUUUUACGCAUGUGGGACUUUCUACCAAGGGAUUGGAGACUAUAUGGGAGUGGACAAAUCCACUGUGAGUAAUGUGGUGAAGGUUGUGUCCAUGGCACUGGGCAGUCUGAUCAAUCAAUUUGUUUCCUUUCCCAAGGAUGACCAGAUUGCUCAGACUAAGCACAAGUUUUUUCACAUGGGGAACAUGCCUAACACGAUUGGAGUUAUCGAUUGUACACAUGUGCAUAUCCAAGCACCUCGUGAGAGGGAGUGGGAGUAUGUAAAUCGGAAGGGGAGGCACAGCAUCAACGUACAACUUGUGGGCAACGCCGACCUCAUCAUCACCAACUGUGUUGUGAAAUGGCCAGGGUCUGUCCAUGAUGCACGCAUUCUAAGACAGAGUGCACUAUACAGAGAGCUCCAAACAAACCGGCCAAAUGGCAUUAUAUUGGGAGACAGCGCUUACCCACUUCUACCAUGGCUAAUGACCCCUUUUCCGGUUGCAAAUACACAUGAGCAAGCAUGCUUCAACAUUGCACAUUGCAAAACAAGAUGUGCCAUUGAGCGCUUAAAUGGAUUGCUGAAGAGAAGGUUUGCCUGUCUUAAUUACCUGCGAGUAGAACCUAAGGUGGCAUGCAACAUAAUUCUGGCCUGUAUUGUUCUGCAUAACAUCGCCACCAUCGCGUCAUGUCCCUUGCGAUGCCAGUGACGCUCAUGAUGGACCUGAGCCUGAUGUAGACCCAGAACAGCCACGAAUGGUCCUACCUAGUGAGGGACACACUGGACAUGCUAUAAGAGAGGUAAUGGUACGAAACUACUUUUAACUUUGAAUAACUGUGUACAAUUUUUGUGUACAAAUGUAUCAUAGCUUUUCUUUAUUUAAUUUUUACUCAUCAUUAUCAUUUUGAUUAUCAUUUUUAUGAUUUGAAUUCAUCCGAAAUAUGAAUAAAUGUAUAUCAUUUGCCAAAAAACUGAUUUUGUCAUUCAUUUUGUUUAAAAAACUCAGAAAAUCACAACUGAAUCCACCCUUCUGGUGGGAUCAGGAUAAUCUUGUUUUUUUGGAUCAAAUGUAUCCCAAACCAACUUCAAAGUUUUGAACAACACAAAAGGAAGGUUUGAUCCAGAUCAAAUGUAAGAUUGGAUUACGUGAUCUGAUCUUCUUUCUGAAUCCAUCUUUAGUUUUGAGCAACCCAUUUUCAAGAUUUGAUCCAAUCCGUUAUCCGAAAUCCCACUGGAUUACUUUUGAACAACUGGGCCCAGGAAACACGGCAGUUUAAAGGGCCCCUAUUUUAGUAGCACGAGUGGUGCUGAUUCCCCAUUAAAGGGGUGAUAUUAUACCACCAGCCGUUAGCGUGAUUAGCCGUUACAAGCCGUUUGAAAAUCUGCCUUGUCCUGGGUUUUAGUGACAUCACAAGUGGGAGCUUCCCCUAGAUGUAUGACGAUAGAUCAGUCUACCAGCCUGUCCAGCGGACUGUAGCAAACGUUCCUCAUCGAUUCGUCAUACAUCUUGGUGGACACGCCCACUUGUGAUGUCACUAAAACAGGAAAAGGCAGAUUUCCAAAAUGGCUUGCAACGGCUAAUC